AUGAAGUGCGUGAGCGAAGACAUACACGCGAACGCGGUGGUGCUGUUCGCGUUCGAGACGGUGAUGGAGGGAGAUGAGGUGAGCGUGAAGGUGUUCGACGCGAAGGGGAAGGUGGCGUGGGAGAAGAACGACGCGACGAGCGGAAGGCACGGAUUCACGAGCGAGACGGAGGGAGAACACCGAGCGUGCUUUUAUAAACCGGAGUUGACGUCGCUGGGGGACGAAAAGGCGAAGGCUGCGGCGCUGGCGAAGCACAGGGUGCGCGUAGAUUGGAAACACGGCGUCGCGGCGACGGAGUGGAAGAGCCUGGCCAAGGCGACGGAUUUGGACGCGUUUACGCGGACGUUGCGGGCGUUAGAGGCGGAUUUGAGAGAAGUGCACGAUGGUAUGUUGAAUUUGCGAGCGUUAGAGGCGGAGAUGCGCGAUAUGAAUGAAUCGACGAACGCGAAAGUCGCGUGGUUGAGCGUGCUGAGCCUGAGCGUGUGCGUCGGGAUGUGCGUCUGGCAAAUCGUCUAUCUCAAGGGUUUCUUUGAGCGGAAAAAGCUCCUUUAA